GAGCUUCCAUUACUGCAGUUUUACUCCCCUAGCAACUGCAACGCUCACGCUUCACACUCUCUUGCACAAGGGAAAUGGAAGAAACGCCCAAACUGGAUACCAACAUCCAAAUAAACCCGGCGGCGGAGGCGGAGACGACAUCUCCCUUGGAUUUCAUCGACUCUCUUCAAGACCUCAAGACGCCUUUCUUCAAAUCCCGCUCUCGCAGAAGAAGAAGCGAUACAUGGGUCAUUUCCAUGUUCGUUAUCUUCCACCUCAUAGCCUUCGUCGCCACCAUGAUCGUUAACGAUUGCUGGACUAACUCUCAUGGUGAUUGCUCUGUCACGGUCCUCAGAAGGAUGUCAUUCCAGCCCCUCUCCGAGAAUCCCCUGCUCGGCCCCUCUCCUUCUACCCUAGAUAAAAUGGGGGCUCUUCGCAAGACGUUGUUGUUGGAACAUCAAACUUGGCAUCUUUUCUCAUGUCCAUGGUUGCACGCUGGGCUUAUCCACCUUAUCAUCAAUCUUGCAGGUGUUAUCUUCUUAGGGAUUUACCUGGAGCAAGAGUUUGGGCCAUUGAGGGUUGGCUUAAUCUACAUUUUUUCUGCCUUUUUCGGUACAUUGGUGACUGCACUUUUUGUGCGAGAUAGCCCAAUAGUUAGUUCCUCUGGUGCUCAACUUGGAUUACUUGGGGCUACAAUUUCUGCACUUGUAAGGAACUGGAGAAUUUACACUAAUAAGUUUGUAGCUGUGAUGAUACUUUUUGCUGUCUUUGCGUGUAAUUUCAUGCUUGGGUUGCUACCUUACAUAGACAACUAUUCAAAUAUCGGGGGUUUAAUAUCAGGAUUUCUACUUGGAUUUGCACUUUUGUUCACUCCUCAGCUGAGACAAGUAGCUCAAAACAAAUCAGGUCUUUAUGAUUCUGGUGUGAAAAGUUCCUUUAACUGGAAGCAGAAACUGGACAGGCCUGUGAUGAGGAGUGUUUCUCUUCUUGUGUUUGCUUUCCUACUUGUUGGAUUUCUUGUGGCAGCACUCCUGGGUGUCAAUAUAAGCCAGUAUUGCCAGUGGUGUGCAUACUUUGACUGCCUUCCUUCCAAAAGGUGGAACUGCAAUGAUGUGACCACUUCUUGUGAGAUCAUGUUAAGUGAUACAGAGUUGACUUUGACUUGCCUUGCUAACGGCAACUUCAGGGUAUUCCCUUAUACCAACAUUUCAGAUGCAAGGAAAAAGGAUAUCUGCACUCUAAUAUGCUCCUGAAAACUCGCAUAUUUGGUUGAUUUUUCUCUGUUGUUCAGUGUUCUGAUUUGGCAAGUAGGCCAAUUUUGUAACAACAUCUGAAAACUGUAUAGACUCAAAAAUAAUAAAUGCUCUUUUGAUUGUUGGUAUUUUGUAGAAUGCAAGGCAAAGGCUCAUUUGUGCUUACAUUCAGAAAAACAAAAAUAAUACCUAUUCGAAAAUCUCAGAAUCUACGCAAGCCUUAUUAUACAUAUCCACCAUAAAUCUCUUCAGCCUUCGCUCUUCAUAUAUCUUCAUCAAUGAGAAUCAACAAGCGCCCAUGGCCUAAUGGAUAAGGCGCCUGACUUCUAAUCAGGCGAUUGUGGGUUCGAGUCCCACUGGGCGUGUUUCUCCCUUUUCUUUAUUAGCAUUUGCUGCAAAUUCAAUGUAAACAUCAGCAGUCAUUCUUUUUGUAUUUGCUAUUUUAUUUGCUGGAUUAACAGACAAAUUAUGACAUGCGGCUGAGGCUUCACACUUCACAGACUAUUAUAUUUAUACACGUACAGUGGCCUCCCCUCAGCCGCAAUGCUUUUAGGCUUUUAGUAUAGGAUUUGAGUACACAUACAACAACUGUCUUUAUAUAAAAAAAAGCAUCUAAUAAUGUGGGCCUAUAACAACCCUACACCUCUACGUUCAUUCUUUUUUCGUUGGGUAUUCCUCCCCCCUAACGCCAAUCCCUUCCUUGCCAUGAAAAGUGAAGCAGACCUUCACGUUUCCAUCAACUAAAAAAUUUUCAACUCAGCCGAGAAGCCCCCACUUUUUCUAUACUUAAUUUUGAUCUCUGGUCAUUAAACAACAGCUGGCUAGCUGUGGCUGUUAAUCACUAGGAUUUUCAAUUAAGAUUUAUUAACUAACUAACCCUUUUCUUUAAGUGAAUAAUUUGUGGCAAACAGAUACAAUGGGUUGAAAAGAGCUUUGGGACCAAAUCUCUAAAGCUGAAAUUGAACGCUAGAUUUGAUUUCUUUUAGAUUGGACCACUUAAACAUGCAGCAGCUAUGUGUCCAAAUUUAAAACACACAGGCAAGGCUUAUCGGAAAUUUUCUUUCAAGGUGAAAUGUUUAACAUUCAGAUACUGAACACCUGAACUGGUUUAGUCAGUCCUUGUCACGAUCACCAAAUAUGUCAGCUGUCAAGAUUUAUUUUGCUAGCAAUAGCAUAUACAUAUAUGUUAUGCACCAUUGAGGUUCCAACCACUAAUUUUGCAACAUCUGUAAUGUUCCCAUUAGGUUUGAGCCAAUCAGUCAAAUGGCUUAACCAUAUUGGAGUUCAAAUUGUAGAUCAAAAUCACAAUCAUGAAAAAGUGAAAGCACCCUCUCCCCCACCCCUAUGCUGCUCAUUAGAUACCCCAUUUACAAAAAGCCUAUAUGCUCUGCUCUUUACUUGCUUUUCUAUAAAUGCUUAGUUGAUGGUUUAAACUUGUUACAUGAUUAUACUUAAUAUAUAUAUAUAUAUAUAUAUAUAUCUGUCAGGAGAUGAAAGGAACCUGCAGUGGGAGGGAAUCCUGCAGUGGGAUUUUGCCUAUUUGAAUCAAAAAGGCAAAGAGAACCCCUCACCAUUCAUCUUAGUCAAACAGAUAUAAUGGUUUUUAGGAUCUAGCCCCAAAGGGUAUGAUAAUUGGGUCAUUUCUUCCCAUUUCAUCAUUUUCUAUUCUUCUUCUAGUUUCUUUUUCAAAUAUCAUAUAUGCUUAUUGAUUGACCCUUCCCUUCUUUCUUCUCAUCAUUCUUUCUUCCCAAAUUUUAUAGGGGCUUUUGAAGUGUCAAAAAAAAUAUUGUGGUUUUAUUUAU